GGCGGCGGCGGCGGCGCGGGCGGGUUGCGCCGCGUUGCCUCCUGUGUUGGAAUGUGCGGAUCGGGCGGCCGCGCGGCACAGCAGCCUUGAGCACUGCACCCGGAGACUCCAGCUCAGGCGUCCCCGCUGCUCCUUCGGGCCACGCACUAGGUCCCAGAGGAGGCAGAAGCUGCCGGAGAAGCCUUCGCAGCGUGAGAACCACCUGCAGCCGGGCUCCCCGGGGCCUCUUCCAGCCCCCGUGGCCUUAGCCCCAACUUUACUCGUUGGUGGCUUUUUUUUCCCUCCUGCGAACAAUUCCUGAAACUCCACUCAACAAAGAAAAGGAAAAGGAGGACGCGCACGUGCUGCGCCCCUUCCCCCCUCCCCUCAGGAGCCCCGAGCUGCUGUUAUGGCCACUCAAGUGCUGGGUCAGACUGGAGGCAACGGGCUUUUCACUGGGAAUGCCAACAUCGUCAUGGCAUUGCCUAACGACAUGUACGACUUACACGACCUCUCCAAAGCUGAGCUGGCAGCACCUCAGCUGAUUAUGUUGGCAAAUGUGGCCUUGACUGGGGAAGUGAAUGGCGGUUGCUGUGACUACAUGGUUGGAGAAGAAAGACAAAUGGCAGAGUUGACCACAGUGGGAGACAACAACUUCUCAGACAGUGAUGGGGAAGGACUUGAAGGGGCCCCUGGAAUAGAAAGUGAGUCAAAUAGACCUGAAAACAUGGAAUUGGGGUCUUUGGAAAUUAUCGUGGUUGACCCUCAGACUGUGUAUGAAUCAUCUGUUCCAGAAACUUUUAAUUCAGAGAAAGACCCUCCCUCAGAGGCACCAUAUCAGCCAGAGACUCCUGAGGACAAAUGCAAGAGCUUGAAGAGCAAGCCCUUUCGCUGCAAACCUUGUCAGUAUGAAGCAGAGUCUGAAGAAGAGUUUGUCCAUCACAUCAGAGUCCACAGCGCCAAUAAGUUUUUUGCAGAGGAAAAUGCAGAGAAACAAGCACAACAAGCACAGACCAAGGAGUGCGAGUCGUCUGUUGCUGAAGAAGCGGAUUUUUCCAAGGGGCCUAUCCGAUGCGACCGCUGUGGCUAUAACACCAACAGAUAUGAUCACUAUUUGGCUCACUUGAAGCACCACAACAAAGCAGGAGAGAAUGAGCGAGUCUAUAAGUGCAUGCUAUGCACAUACACCACCGUAAGCGAGUAUCACUGGAAGAAGCACUUGCGAAAUCAUUUUCCUAAGAAAGUGUAUACCUGCUCCCAGUGCUCCUACUUUUCAGACAGGAAAAACAAUUAUAUUCAACAUAUUCGAACACAUACUGGUGAGCGCCCAUAUCAGUGUGCUAUGUGUCCCUAUUCCAGCUCCCAGAAGACACAUUUAACGAGACAUAUGCGUACUCAUUCAGGUGAGAAACCAUUUAAAUGUGAUCAGUGCAGUUAUGUGGCCUCUAAUCAGCAUGAAGUAACCCGACAUGCUAGGCAGGUUCACAAUGGGCCGAAGCCGCUGACCUGCCCACACUGUGACUAUAAAACAGCUGAUCGUAGUAACUUCAAAAAGCAUGUAGAGCUCCAUGUGAACCCACGACAGUUCCUUUGUCCUGUAUGUGAUUAUGCUGCUUCCAAGAAGUGUAAUCUGCAGUAUCAUAUCAAGUCCAGGCAUUCCGACUGUUGUGAUAUUGCAAUGGAUGUUUCCAAAGUGAAACUAAAAAAAUCCAAAAAGAGUGAGGCAGACAAUUGUGGUUCUGAUAGUGUGGCCAGUGAAAAAACUGAAAAAGAACAAACAAAAACAAAGGGAGAUGUGGUGGAAAAGAUGAAUGAAAAGAAUGUAAAAGUGGAGAAAAAAGAAAAAGAAAAUGCCUCAAAAGAGAAAAAGCCAUGCACUGUGGUUUCCUUAGGCCAAGUGACCACCCGAAAUCGUAAGUUGGCAACAGAGUCAAAGGAGGUAGAUGUCAAAGUGGGGAAAGGUUCAGAAAAAUCAUGCAAAAGCAAGAAAGUUAAAAGAAAAAUGGAAAGCGAAGCAGCUUCUUUAAAUAGUAACCUGGUGAAUGAUACAGAACCUGUGGUGAAAAAGAAGAAGAAAGUCGAAAGCAGAUCUAGAAAGAGCCAGGAAGCUGGAAAAGAUGAAGUCAGAGUGGAAGAGCAUAAAAGACAAAAAGCUUGCCUGAAGAAAAACAAAAAAAAGAAAACUUUGAAAGGUAAACAUGGUAAAAAGCCCAAGUCCAUUCAGGUAAAGCCAACUCAAAAUGAGCUGAUCCCUGAAAAACCUCCUUCUCCUUCUCCCCCUCCUCCUGUUUCUCUUCCUCCCCCUCCUCCUCCUCCAGAGGAUUCAAAGGAAAAGUCUGACAGCCCUAGGGAAGAGCAGCAGAAAGAGGCAGUCCUUGUGGAAGAUGCCUUAGUGCCUGUUAACAGCCCAAUAACUGAAGAAAGGCCAAACACUCAGGACUCCCAUUCGACACCAGGGCCUGCGUCAGAGCCAGCAUUAGCACCAGCACCAGCGCCUGUGCCGAUACCAGCACCUGUAUCUGUAUCUGUGCCUGCACCUACUUCACCAGGUGAAAAUGUAGAUAAUGUAGAAAUGGAAGACCAAGAAAUGCACCUUGAGCAGAAGGAAGAAGACAAAGAAACUGCUCUUCAAAAAGCUGUGGAUGAAGAGCCGAUGUCUGGUUGUGCCCAGGAGUCCCUUAGUCCAUCAUCUUGUGAGCCAGAGGAAGAUCUUCCUGAUAAAGAGCAUCAGACUGACAUAGUGUGUGAAAUGGAAACUGAACCGAGUCCAACCCCAGCAGAGCAUCUGGCUGAUAAAGACUUGACAGCUGAAGAGCUCCCUUCACUGCCAGAGCUGCCCCUGCCAGAAUCCCCACUGUUGCCAGAACCUGAGUUGCCUGCUCCUUCACCACCAGCAGAGCAGUGUGAGCCAGCUUCCCAAACGGUGCCAGUGUCCUCAUCAGCUCCUACUGCUGCAAAUGAGUCUCAGGAAAUUGAUGAAGAUGAGGGCAUCCACAGUCAUGAUGGGAGCGACCUAAGUGACAACAUGUCAGAGGGCAGUGAUGACUCUGGGUUGAAUGGUGCUCGAUCUGUACAGGAAGAAACAGGUAGAAAAGCUUCCCAGGAAGAAGUAGCAGCAGCAGUUGAAGCAGCAAACUUUGUUUGCAUUUUCUGUGAUAGAUCUUUCAGAAAGGAAGGAGAAUAUAGCAAACACCUUAAUCGACAUUUAGUGAAUGUCUACUACCUUGAGGAAGCAACUAAGGAGUUAGAAUAACUAAACUCUAUAUAUGAACAAGCCUACAAUUCUUUUAUGAGAUCUACUACAUUUUAUGAAUAAUUAUUAUAGUAGACAAUUCCCUUUUGUUUAAGUUUGGAGUAGUGUCUGAUGAUUUCAGGUAGAUACCUUUUCUUCACCACUGUUGUAUAAUAGUUUGUUAAUCUCUUGCGUACACUAGUGAAUCCAAGGAAUUGGAUUUCUCUUUUCUGUUAAACUAGCACUAGUGAAAGACUAUUAGCCUUUGCAUAAAUUAUUUUUAAAAUGAGAUUUUGAAAACCAAGAUGUUGUGUUGAAUCAUACAGUUAGUAGUAGUCAGUGUUUUCCCCAUUUCUAGUCUCUAGUUUUAUCUAAAAUAGGUUUAUGGUUCCUUGUUUAGUUAGGCAUAAAUCAGCAUAUUGGUAGCAAAUUACUCAAUGGUUUUCUUUGAGGAAUCUGAUGUCUCAGAAAAUUAGCACUUUUAACAAAAAAAAAGCCACAGUGUGGUUAAAGAAAUGAACAGUCAUACUUUUUAAAAUGUUUUUUGUUUCUCCCUAUAAUGGACAGUGAAUUUCGUCCACAUUUAUUAGUCUUUUCUGAUUUUUGAUUAAAAUUUCCGAUUUGUAUAUGUCAAUUUUCAUAAAUAUUAUAACAGUGGUUUUUUUAAUUGUGGGAAGUAAAGGGGAGUGUUAUUUUUUAUUUUUGGUGGUGCUUUAAUGGCUUAAAAUGUUGCACAUUGUGUUUUUGAUUUUUUUCCUCUUUUUUUUACCUAUGCAGUGUAAUAAUCUUUUAGAAAUAGCUUUUUUUUUUUGCUGUACAGGAACACUUUAUAUAUGUGUGUGUGUAUAUACAUUUGUGUAUAUAUAUGCAUGUUUAUUUUGGUUCAUUUAAAAAAACCUUUCAGGUUUUGUUGCUUACCACAGAACAGGUGUUUUUCUGUUCAUUUCCUUUGCUGCAGUUUGUUGUCUUUUUUCAUGGGGAGUCAUUUUAGUUUGCUAAAAUUAAGAAUUAUUUGUGUGUAUAUGUGCUAAUGUAUAGUUUGUGAGCAGAUGAAACAAAUGCAGAUUCAAUCCUUUAUAUUUUGAUUUUCACAUCUGAUGCGUAUUAGAAUCUGUUUCAUGUUAAUUUAUUUUUAAGUGGCUAUAGUAAAUUGGCCCUCCUUGGUUUUGAUUUCACAAUCAUUAUGCAAUUUGGCUGUAUAAUAUAUCUAUGUAUGAUGAAUUUGUGAGUAAAAUCUCACAUAGCAAACAUCAGUAGGCUUUUUUUUCCCCCCAAGUCCGUUUUGGUGCGGCUACUUCCCAAACUGCAGAGUAUAAAUUGAACUUUUCAUGUAAUAGCCACCAAUCCAAAUAAAUAAGUAUAAUAUGCUGGUAAGUAGCAAACCUGGGAUUGGAAAAGAAGGGAGGGGAAUUGCCUCUUCUUCCUUUUUCAUUCAAGUUAUACAGGGCCUUGGAAUCCUCCAAGGUUUCAGUUGGGGUGAGAAAAGGCAUUUACAGAUAUUUGUAGAUCAACCCCAGCUCCUUGUGAAGAAAGUGAACAGGGCAUCCAGUACAGUUAAGUUUAACUUUGGUGCCAUCCAGAUUAAAAAAAAACCCAAUAUAUUCUCAGGACACAUUUUGCUAGCUCCUGCACUGUGUGUGCCCCAGCUUGCCCUUUCAGUGGCUUGAGGCUAUUUGGAAACAAAACAAAACAAAAGCCAGCCUCUCAGAUUCAAAAUGGGCAGUUGGCACUAGAAGGGACAUCUCUUUUUGGGACAGUGUCUUUUUCUUAGUGGUUCUUUUUUCAUAGGUUCUUUGGCCAACUCCUGAAGACUACGAAUAAAAAUCUGACUUAAAAGGUUUUUUCUUUUUUUUUUUUUUGGUCUGAAAAGUUUUCCUAGCAAGUAUAUUGGAUUUGAGCACAGUGGAGGGAAAAAAACCUGAGAAAUCCUAAUCUUGCGUUUCUGUAAAGUCACUUUAACAUUUAAACAUGGGACCUGAUCAUAGAAAAUGAGUUCUGGUCAUAUUUCAGGCAUGUUCCCAAAUGUGCAGCAGUACAACUUCAAUGAAUGGGGAAACUGAGGUAAGGGGUGGGGGGUGGGGGGAUAUGGACAUGGGGACAGGGGGAAUGCUUCUUUUGGCAGUGGUCUGAAUAUGAGUUUUAGGUUAAAUGAUUGGUAUUGGGAGGCCAAAGAUUUAAGGAAGCAGAAAAAUCUCGUGACAGGAGUAAGUUGUGUGAUGUAGCAUGUGUUCAGUGUGCAUGAAUGAGUAUGAUUAAAUGGUGUUGAAUACUAGGCUCUGACAAUCAUUGUCAACAUAAGAUCAAGAUGCAACUAUAUUUAUGUUUAAAUUUUUUUUUUAAUAAUGAAACUAGUUAUGUCUUCCUUUAAAAAACACCUAGUUUUAAUAUUCAUGGGUACAUUUUAUUGGAUUUCCUUUUAUAGUAUAUGAAAAUUAAAAAUGCCAUCUUUUGGUAAGUGUUUAGCAGAGACUUAGAGAAGCUUCAGUUCUGGAAAGGUUUUAUUAGGUCCCUUCAGAUCUCUUAAGCAAGAAAAUUUGCCAUUAUAGAUGUUGAAGAGCUUUAGUAAUAUUCUAAUCCAGUUUUAAGACUAGUCUAAAAAACUUAAGAGUUAAAUGUAACAAAUUAACAACUGGAUCAUUAAAUUGAUCAAGACCUAUGUUGCUGCAAGAUAACUUUUUGUUUUACUGGGUAGUAAGUGGAAGUUAAGGCCUUUCUCCCAGCAAGCCAGGACUUUGUGACAGUCAGGCCUAUAUUAGGUACUGUCCUUUAUUGCUAUGUAUUUUUGCUUAUUGAUUUAAAAUAAAUCAGUAAUUCCAAAUACAAAUUUUCAAUAAAUAGAAAUUUUAUUUGGAAUAUUUAGUAUUUGCAUGAAAAUGUCUCAUCUUUCAGUUUUUUACUUGGAUAGAACUGAAGCUAGAGUUUUUGGCAAUAUAUUAAGAGAAAGUAAUAAGAAAUAACAUUAUAUUCAUAUGUGUAAGUUGAUGCUUCUGUAUUAUUGGUAACAAGCUACCAAAAUACUAUAGUGUGUGAACCUAAUUAACUUAUACUGUUGGUCUUCUAAGAUAUGUAUUUCCUUUGCCCUUUAAACUUAUGUGUACCACAUAGUUUCUUUUUUCAGUAUUUUCAUUUUAUUUCUUAUUUCUCUUUCCUUUUGGUUUCCAGUCAUAGGUGCUUCUUUUUUCUAGAGGCUUGUUGAUGAUGCCUCUUGUAGAUAUCAGUCUGCUCUUGUCUUUCAUGCUUGGUCCGUUUCUGGAGCCACUUCUCAGUUUGAACUGUGUUGGGGGAGGGAAGGAUGUAUUGAUUGACAUUUGGAGGUUCAUGACCUUAAACAGAAGCAACCCCCAUAGCAUAUUGUCCUGUGUGUUUUGAAUGAGGAAUUUGAAACUUGUUAGUGUAGUUCUCCAUUCUGGACUGAGGCUCAAAGGCUGAAAUUUUUCUUUUUUAUACAAAUUGCAAAAUGGUGAAAACUGACAGCCAAUGUGUUGUCACCUUGCUGACCUCAGCAGAAUGACUGAGUUUAUAGUGUUACUCAAAUUCAAGGAAUUCCUUGAAUAUUGGUUUGUGUAGAUCCACAAUCCACAAGCAAUAUUAACUGAAUCCAGAUAGCUAAUGCAGUUGUUUCACAUGUACAUAUGCUUUGUUUUUGUAAGACUACACUAGUUAUUGAAUUUUUGUAAGCUGGCACUGAAACAUUUCUAUAAUGUUUUGUUGCACCAUGUUUGAAGCUUUUACAGUGCAAUAAAUGUAUUAUUUUCUGAAGUAAGCCAAAGGUAAAUUUCUCAUGGUUCUUGCUGCCUGCUGUAGCAGCACUUGAGGAUCUUUUAUACAUUUGUAAUAGAUGAAAAAUAAACCAGAUUGCAAAUCCUGUUGUUUUUUUAAAAAACCUAAACCAUGUAUAAGUCUUUGGUCCAAAUUGUAGUGUAAAGUUAAACUAAAUUGCAUUAUAUUAACCCAUAUGAGUGUAUUUCCCUAAGCAUAGUUAUGUUGAAAUAAACUUUAUUAAAAAGUGUAUUGCCUCAGUGUAA